GAAGCGUCGCCCGGGACUGAGGACAGCUACUGUGGGGGCAGGUCCACGUGGGAGAGCAGUUCAGAAGGCGGAGCCUGGGCUCCACAGCGGUGGGGAUUGGAGAGUCCCAAAGAGGGGCGGGCUCUUGGACCUUAUGAAGGUGAGGAUUGGAGAAUCGCGGCAAAGGGCUGAGCCUAUGACUUGAACAGGACGAGGAUUGGAGGAUCAUAGAGACAGAGGACGCGGAUUGGAGGAUCACAGUGUGGAGGCGGGUCCUGCGGCUCCACGGGGAGCCUCAGACGCGAGCGAACUCUAUUUUGUGAGAAGCAGUAAAGCGAGGCCGAGGAUGGGAUGCUUCUGGCUGGUUGUGCUGUGCUUCUUGCCUCUAUGUGGAGGGAAUGUCACUGAGUUGGUUGGAAUGUUUGGACAGAUUCAGUCUCCCAAUUAUCCAGAGGGUUAUCCAAGUGAUACAGACAUGACCUGGAACAUCACGGUGCCCACUGGAUUCCGAAUCAAACUCUACUUUAUGCACUUUGACCUCGAGCCGUCCUAUCUCUGUGAAUAUGACUAUGUGAAGGUCACUUCUGGUGAUAUGCUGGAGACAUUCUGUGGCCGAGAGAGUACAGACACUGAAAAGAUUCCAGGCCAAGACUCUGUUCUCUCCACCGACAAUACCAUGACACUCCAAUUUAAGACAGAUUUUUCCAAUGAGGAACGGUUCACUGGCUUCGAGGCACACUAUGCUGCUAUUGAUAUUGAUGAGUGUGUGGAGAAAUUGGAUGAAUCCUUAACCUGUGACCACUUUUGUCACAAUUACAUCGGUGGAUUUUACUGUUCCUGUCGAUUUAGUUACAUCCUUCAUUCAGAUAAUCGGACAUGUAAAGUCGAGUGUAGCGAUAAUGUAUUCACAGAAAGAUCAGGAAUAGUCAGCAGCCCAGACUAUCCCAAUCCAUACCCCAAGAGUUCAGACUGUUUGUACCGCAUUGAAAUGGAAGAUGGGUUUCUUAUCACGCUGGAGUUUGUUGACAUCUUUGAUCUAGAAGACCACCCAGAUGUGGAUUGCCCUUAUGAUUAUCUGAAGAUCAAAGCUGGAUUGAAGGAGUUUGGUCCUUUUUGUGGUGAUAAGAGUCCUGGAAAGAUCGUGACCAACACCAGCAGUGUCCAGGUUCUCUUUCACACCGAUGAUUCAGGAGAUAACCGUGGCUGGAAAUUUGCCUUCACCUCAGUUGGCAAUCCUUGUCCUGUCAUCCAACCACCCCUCAAUGGCCAAGUUGAACCUGUCCUGGAGCAUUAUUCAUUCAAAGAUCAGGUCCAGAUCAGAUGCAACGCUGGAUUCAAAUUUGUGAAGGGUGGGGAUGAGGUGGAAGCCUAUCAGAUUGAAUGCCUGAAGUCAGGGAAAUGGAGCAGUGGAAUUCCGACCUGUAAAGUUAUAGACUGCGGGACUCCACGGCCCCUGGAGGACGGGUUCGUCAUGUUCCAUUCAAAGGACAACCUCACUCUUUUUGGGAGUCAGAUCAACUACUCAUGCCAGGCCUUAUUUUAUCGAAUGGAGCCUGAACUUAACAGUACAUACACCUGUAUGGAGAACAGCUUUUGGGUGAAUGAUGAAUUGGGUACCGAUCUCCCUACCUGUUAUCCAGUCUGUGGGAAGCCGGUUCGAACCUUGCCUUCUCUCUACAAGCGCAUCAUCGGAGGGUUGAGUGCUCGCCCAGGCUUCUUCCCCUGGCAGUUACUGGUGGUGGUAGAGGACAUGACCCGAGUCCCGCAGGACAAGUGGUUUGGGAGUGGGGCCUUGCUUUCCAGACGGUGGGUACUGACGGCAGCCCACGUACUGCGGUCUCAGAGGAGGGACAAUUCUAUCACUCUGGUCCCCAGUGAAUAUGUCACCAUCUACCUGGGACUCCACAAUGUCCAGCAAAAGGAAGAAGCCAUAAAGAGGAUGGUCGAGAAAAUAAUCGUACACAAGGCCUUUGAUCCCAGGACUUACAACAAUGACAUUGCUCUGGUAAAGAUGAAAGAGAAGGUGACUAUGAAUGAUUUUGUGAUGCCCUUGUGUUUGCCCAGACUUCAGGAGACUGAUGGACCACUACCAAACACUCUAGGGGUGGUGGCUGGGUGGGGAAUCACCGACCCUAACGUGACCAUUGAUGAUGGCAUUGGAGGUGGUCAGGCAAUGCUGUCAGAUGUCCUGCAGUAUGUGAAGCUGCCAGUCACUCUUCAGGCAGAGUGUAAGAGCAGCUAUGAGUCGCGCUCAGACACCUACAAUGUUACAGAUAACAUGUUCUGUGCUGGAUUCUAUGAGGGUGGACGAGACACGUGUCUGGGAGACAGCGGAGGGGCAUUCAUUACAUUUGACUCUGCCACUGAGAGCUGGGUAGCUCAGGGUUUGGUCUCUUGGGGUGGCCCUGAAAAGUGUGGCAGCAAACGGGUCUAUGGCGUUUACACCAAGAUUUCCAAAUAUUCAUUGUGGCUGAAGGAGAAAAUGAGCAAUUCAUCUGAAUAAUUUCUGAUGCUAAAGUAUAAUCACUUGGUUAUAUUUCCCAAAAAUAUCUGCACAUGGGUCUGGGUCCUGAGGGACCCUCACCCAGGGAAAGGGCUUUGAAUAUAAAAAUCAAACAUUUAUGCAAAAUCACGUCACUGGUUAGGCCUCAGCUAGAGCACUGUCUUCAGUUCUGGACUCCAGCAGGAAUGCUAGGGAAGGUGCAGAGGAAAGCAAGUGGAAUUAUAUUAAGGAUAUCAGUGCAUUAUGUACAGGGGCUGGAGGAAGAGAACAAUCAUAUCAGCAAAGCUUUGAGUACAAGAGAGUCAUUAAAAACUGAGGGAUUCCAACUCAAGUUCAGUUGUCAUUCAACCAUACACAUGUAUAUAGCUAAACAAAACACUAUUCCCAGGUGCAAAACUCAGUACCAACAGUAGGAGGGAGGGCAUUAGAUUUUUGGAUCAUUGGGCUCUCUUCCAGGGAAGGUGGGAAGGGGUCUUGUAUCCUAACAGGAAGGUUUGUUAAUGCUGCAAGCUGGAGUUUAAACUAGACUUGCGGGGGAAUGGGAACCAGAGUGCCAGAUACUUUGUGGAGAGGUUGUGGAGACAGAUGUAGGUAAGAUCUCAGACAAAUUCAGGAAUCAAAAGGUUGAGCAUGGUGCAACUAGUGUCCUGAGCUGUGUACAUUUCAAUGGAAGAAGUAUCGGAAGGAGGGUGGAUGAUCUCAGGGCAUGGAUCAAACCAGGAGUUAUGACGUUGUAGCCAUGAGUGAGAUUUGGUUGCAGGGGGUACAGGACUGGCAGCUCAAUAUUCCAGGGUUCUUUUCUUUUAGAUGGGACAGAGUGGGAGGGACUAAAGGAGGAAGAGUGAUAUUACCAAUCAGGGAAAAUGUUAUAACAGUACUCCGUCAUGAUGGACUGGAAAACUCGACUAAUGGGUGAAACUGAGAAAUAAGAAAGAUAUGACCACCUUAAUGGGGCUAUAUUACAGACCACCCAACAGUCCUAGGGAUUUAGAGGAACAAAUUUGUAAAGAGAUCGCAGACUGUUGCAAGAAACAAGGUUUCUAUAGCAGGUAAUUUUAACUUUCCAGAUAUCAGCUGGGAAUCCCAUACUGUAAAAGGACUGAAUGGGAUAGAGUUUGUCAGAAAUGUUCAGGAAAGUUUCCUUCAUCAGUAUGUAGAAGUCCCAAUGAGAGAGCAUGCGAUACUGGAACAACAUACACAAAAUGCUGGUGGAACGCAGCAGGCCAGACAGAAUCCAUAGGAAGAAGCACAGUCAACGUUUCAGGCCGAGACCCUUCGUCAGGACUGGAUCUGCUAUUAGGGAAUGAGACAAGGCAGAUGUCCGAAACUUAUGUAGAGGAACACUUUGCAUCCAGUGUCCACAAUGCCUUUAGUUUUAAAGUAAAUAUGCAAAAGAUAGUUCUGGUCCUUAAGUUGAGAUUCUAAAUUGGAGAUGGGCUAAUUUUGAUAGUAUCAUAAAUGAUAGAGCAAUUGUGGACUGGGACAGGCUAUUUUCUGGCAGAGGUGUACUUGGGUAGUGGGAGGCCUUCAAAAACAAAAUUUUGUGAGUAUAAAGCUUGUACGUGCCUGUCAGAAUAAAAGGUAAAAGAUAACAAGUGUAAGGAACCUUGGUUUUUAAGAUAUAUCGAGACCCUAGCUAAGAGGGAAAAAAAAGGUGCAUAGCAGGUAUAGGCAAGUAGGAAUGAAUGAAAUGCAAGAGAAAGAAUCAGGAAGGCUAAAAGAAGGCAUGAAGUUUCCCUAGCAGACAAGGAGAAGAAUCCGAAGGUAUUCUACAGGUAUGUUAAAAGCAAAAGGAUUGUAAGGGACGAAAAUGGUCCACUGGAUCUUUUAAAGACAGUAUUCAUUGCACUACCAAAGAAACCAGGUGCAACAGAGUGUGAACAACACAGUUUAAUGAGCCACCUCACAAAAAUUCUACUUAAAAUCAUCAUGCUCAGAAUAAGAAACAAAAUUAAACCAGAGAUCAGUGAAGAGCAGUGCGGCUUUGUCGAAGGCAAGGAAACAUCAAAUGGAAUAUUGUCGAAAGGUCAAUAGAAGUACAACAAGACCAAUACUUCUGUUUCAUUGACUACACAAAAGCCUUUGACACAGUGAGACACCAAGUCAUCAUGAAAAUGCUUAAAGAUAUUAAUAUCGAUGGAAAAGAUCUAAGAAUAAUCAGGAAUCUCUACUGGCAACAAAGUGCAGCCAUACGGAUAGACAACAAGAUUGGUGAAUAUCAGCCAAUAAAGCGAGGAGUCAGACAGGGUUGUGUUCUAUCACCAGACCUGUUCUCCCUGUACAGUGAGAACAUCAUGAGAACUAUACAAGACCUAGCUGGAAUAAGUAUAGGAGGAUACAAUAUCAACAACCUCCGCUAUGCAGAUGAUACAGUACUGAUAGCAAACAGUGAAGUAAAUUUACAGAAACUAGUAUCUACCAUCAACACAGAGAGCGAAAGACUUGGCCUAACCGUAAACAAAAAGAAAACUGAAGUAAUGGUAAUAUCAAAGAAACCUGAUAUCCUAAACUGUGGGAUCGUAUUGGGAAAUGAAAUCCUGAAACAAGUUCACAACUUCAGGUACCUUGGAUCAUGGGUAACAUCUGAUGGCAAAUGCGAAACAGACAUAAAAGCAAGAAUAGCAAUGACAAGAACAGCAUUUACAGAAAUGAGAAACAUCCUAACGAACAAGAAAAUAGCAAUUGACAUCUGCCUUAGAACUCUCAGCUGCUACAUUCUUCCUAUAUUGAUGUAUGGCUGCGAGUCAUGGACCACCACAAAUGCAAUGGAAAAAAGAAUCAAUGCAGCAGAGAUGUGGUUGCUCAGAAGAAAGCUAUGCAUAUCAUAUACGGACAGGAUAACCAACGAGGAAGUUCUACAGAGAACAAAAACAAAAUGUACAUUACUUAAAAAAAUUCAGAAAACUGCAAUUAAAAUUCUUUGGACACAUCAUGUGAAGAGAGAUGUUAGAACAUUUAGUUACAACUGGAAAGCUGGAAGGAAAAAGAAGCAGAGGUGACAGAGAAUGAAAAUGACAGAUGGAAUAACAUCAUGGUUAGAAACAGGGGAGGCAACAACUACAAUUCGGAGGGUCAGGGACUGUGAUGGAUAGAGAGACAUGAUCGUCCACGCCGAACAGCAAGGCACCUGAAUGAUGAUGAUGUUAUGCAAUGAACCAGAAUUGAUUAGAGAGAUUAAGGUAAAAGAAUCCCGAGGAGAAAAUGAUCGUAAUAUGAUCAAAUUCACCCUGAAGCUAAAGUUAGAAGUAUCAGUAUUACAGUGGAGUAAGGGGAAUUACAGAGGAGUUGGCCAAAAUUGAUAGGAAAAGAACACUGGCAAGGAUGAUGGCAGAGCAGCAAUGGCUGAAAUUUCUGGAAGCAAUUUGGAAGGCACAGGAUAUAUACAUACCAAAGAGGAAGAAGUAUUCUAAUGGCAAGAUAACACAACUGUGGCAACAAGAGAAGUCAAAGCCAACAUAAAAGCCGAAGUGGGAGCAUAUAAUAGAGCAAAUAUUAGUGGGAAGUUAGAGGAUUCGGAAGCUUUUAAAAACCAACAGAAGGCAACAAUGAAGGUCAUUAAGAAGGUAAAAAUGGGUACAAAAGUAAGCUAACCUAAAGAGGAUACCAAAAGUUUCUUCAGAUACAAAAAGUGUAAAAGAGAGAUGAGAGUGGAUAUUGGACCACUGAAAACGAUGCUGGAGAAGUAGUAAUGGGAGACAAUGAAAUAGCAGACAAACUGAAUAAGUAUUUUGCAUCAGUCUUCACUGUGGAAGACACGAGCAGUAUGGUGGAAGUUCCAAGUCAGGGGCAUGAAGUGUGUGAAGUUACCGAAACUAGAGAGAAGGUUCUUGGGAAACUGCAAGGUCUGAAGGUGGUAGAUAAGUUACUUGGCCCAGAUGGUAUACACCCCAGAGUUCCGAAAGAGUUGGCGAAAGAGAUUGUGGAGUAAUGAUCCUUCAAGAAUCAGUAGAUUCUGGAAUGGUUCCAAAAGACUGGAAAAUUGCAAAUGUCACACCCACUCUUCAAGAAGGGAGAGAGGCAGAAAAAAGGAAAGUAUAAGCCAGUUAGUGUGACCUCAGUGGUUGGGAAGAUGUUGGAGUCGAUUAUUAAGGAUGAGGUCUCGGGAUACUUGGAGGUACAUGAUCAAAUAGGCUGUAGUCAGCAUGGUUUCAAGGGAAAAUCUUGCCUGCCAGAUCUGUGGAAUACUUUGAAGAAAUAGCAAACAGGAUUAACAAAGGAGAAUCGGCUGAUUUGUGUGCCUAUCGAACAUUGAAAGGCCUAGAUACAGUGGAUGUGGAGAGAAUGUUUCCGGGAGUCUAGGACCAGAGGGCACAGCCUUAGAAUAGAGGGAUAUCCAUUUAGAACAAAGAUGAGGAAGAAUUUCUUGAACCAGAGAGUAGUGAAUCUGUGGAAUUCAUUGCCACAGAAGGCUGUGAAGGUCAAGACAUUGGAUAUAUUUAUAGAAACAUAGAUAGAAACAGAGAAAACCUACAGCCCAAUACAAGCCCUUUGGCCCACAAAGCUGUGCCAAACAUGUCCUUACCUUAGAACUACCAAGGCUUACCCAUAGCCCUCUAUUUUUCUAAACUCCAUGUACCUAUCUAGGAGUCUCUUAAAAGACCCUACCGUUUCCACCUCCACCACCACCGCCGGCAGCCCAUUCCACGAACUCACCAUUCUCUGUGUAAAAAACCUACCCCUGUCAUCUCCUCUGUACCUACUUCCAAGCACCUUAAAACAUUUCAGCCCUGGGAAAAAGCCUCUGACUAUCCACAUGAUCAAUACCUCUCAUUAUCUUGUACACCUCUAUCAGGUCACCUCUCAUCUUCCGUCACUCCAAGGAGAAAAGGCCGAAUUCACUCAGCCUAUUCUCAUAAGGCAUGCUCCCCAAUCCAGACAACAUCCUUGUAAAUUAUGGCAGAGGUUGAUAGGUUCUUGAUUAGUUGGGGUGUCAAAGGUUAUGGGGGGGAAGGCAGGUGAAUGGGGUUGAGGGUUAAUAAAUCAGUCAUGAUAGAUCCGAUGGGCCACAUAGCCCAAUUCUGCUCCUGUGCCUUAUGGCAUUGUGAUUAUGUUGGUAGAUUUCUUAAAGCAGCAGGAAGUAUAGACAGACUCAGUGGAGGGGAGGCUGGUUUUUCCAAUGUCAGGGAGAGAAGCAGGAAUGAAGUGCUGAGGCCAGGAUUGGAUCGAUCUUGGUUAGACUGGAUGAUGGAACAAAGUGAAGGGGCUAAAUGGUAUAUUCCAGAUCCAGAUUCUUGUGUGCAGAUGUAACUCCAUUCCAGAGUGAUUUGCAAUGGGAACUAUUACCAAUGGCACCCAUGAAGAAGAUGAAAAUGUACAGCAUCAAAACACCCAACUGGUGAGAGGCAGUGUUAUACUCAAGCAAUCCUCUUCUCACAUUAAGAAGUCCUGCGACUCUUCAGUGUAUUUACAUGUGUUUCUGAAAUUAAUCAUUGCUGAUUGCCUCAACAGCUGUUUGUAUGGUUAAGCUUCACAUUCUCAUUGCUCUCUGUACAUUAUGCAAUCAAUUAAAAUAAAGGCUCACUUGCAGCAUAAACCAUGGACCUGUGUAAGUUCCACAAA